UGGAAGCCUCCAUGAUUUUCCAAAAACAAAAGAAAAAUCACGAAAAAUAGCAAUUUUAGAGUUAUUUACGAGACACAUUUUGUUCAAUUGUUGAGUUCAAAUUAGACAUAAGAUCUCUGUAGUUCACAACCAUAAUGUGGAACAUAAGAUACUACAUCUACAAGACAACAAAAAUCAGAAUUCCGAAAGUUGGGAAAAUUCUCCUCCUUCUCACAUUUCUGCUCUCUAUCUGCCUGUAUGUCACUCUGGCGUAUUACCUGGGGAAAAAUCGUUUGCGAGACCUGCGCUUCCUUGAACAUGAAAAAUGCCCAGCAUGCUUUGGUCGGAAACUCUGUAAUGAAUUCCAAAAUGGUGCUGUAAAAUUCACAGGUUUGGAUGGAAUUCCUGCCCUGAAAUUCACAAAUGUCAAAAAUGUCUUUUUUGGAACAUUCAAAGGUGAAAAGGUCGUCCUGAAGAAGUUAGCUCAUGACAAUGAAUUGGACGUUGCUGAUAAAAAGAUCUGCGAACUUACGAAACAAACUGAUUGUAAUGUCGCUCGAGCGAUCUAUAGAUAUAAGUUUCAGGAUGAAGACGUGCUUCAUCCGAUGUAUGUGAAAGGACUCUCAUCACUUACGGCGUGUCCUUCGACGAGGCUUAUGGAACGGAUCGAAACGAAAGCAGAUGAGCGGGAAAGAUACAUGCUUUAUUCACAAAAGCUGAUAUUGUAUACAACUAUGUUGGUGAACCCAGAGCCAAUUAUUUUACAGAUCUUCCCAGGGUCAGAGGGCUGGCCAUUUCCCAGGUACAUUGGAGCAUGUGGACGGUUCGUCGUGGAGGAAUAUGCUGGCGAACCUCUCACAAAGUUUUAUGAUGCUCCAUGGCUGAAAAGGGUUGACCUUGCGUACCAAGUGUUCAAGAUUGCAGAACAGUUCACCAAUAAUAAAGAAGACUAUGCACUGUACUUCACGGACAUCGAUUGGGCAAAUUACGCAGUCGAUGACGAGGGGAAAGUACGUGUCAUCGACGCGGAGAAUAUUAUCGUCGUCGACAAGAAAAUGAUCCGGACAUUAAAACCGCCCGAAUGGGAUAAACCGUUGUACAGCAAGUUUGACAAGUGCAAGGACUACUCGUUAUGUUUAAGUUUUAGCGAAGAAAAAUUGUGCACCCAUGUGACUGCCGAUUUUAACUAUUACGCCGUUUGUCGUGAUUUGCUGUCGCCGAUGGCGACAGAUAGAUAUCGUCCGUUUGGAUUGCUGCAUCAUAUUCCAAAGUUCGUUGAAGAGACGUGGAAAUUGGAAGAGUUGUUGACAGAAUGUGCUCGCCCGUCUGCUCCUAAUGGCAGGAUAUCGAAUAAAGAAAAACUCAUGGAGGCUUUGGAUAAGUUGCGGAGUUUCACUGCAGAAGAAUGAUUUACUGUUGGAAAUGUCAGAUUUAUACUCACGUCCCUGUUGCUUCCAUGACUUUGUUGAUAUUCGCGCUGUAGGAGCGAGGGGUUUCGAAAUAAUCUUGGAGUAGGGGGCAAUUCUUGGAAGUAGCAGGCUACAUUUUCCUUCUUCAUGUGGUCACUUGUGGGGAGGGGGGCUGGAAGCCAUUCAUGACGGCUGUACAUUAAGGUCAAGGUCAUAGGUCAUAUCAAAUCAAGUGGGUCAAGGAAACGAUUUCAUUGCAAAGUCUGUGUCUGUACUGACCCAGUCAUGAGGCCGUCCAACAAGAAAAGUUUUCAAAAAUGAAAAAUUUUCAUAUCUCAUGCACCUGCUUUUGUGACAGAUUCAGUUUACAAAUACCGGCUUCAGCCAAGUGUAGUUUUGCUCUGGCAGUGACAGCUGUGGGAAAAUUCUCCAGAGGAAUCGGGCCAAUUAAGCAGAAAAGUGCCUCUUCUACCCUCAUUCAGUCUGGCCAUAACAAGUAUUGCUUUAAUGUACGUAUACAGAAUGUCAUUCCAUUACAAAAAUGUUUUUGUUUUUGAUUUGCAAAUAACUUGUCUGAAUAUAUUUCUACAAUAUACAGUGUAUUUGUUGAUUGAGGAGACUAUA